AUGAAUUCUGAUGAACUUAAUAAUGCUCCAAAUUCUGAUGUAUCUUUUGAAGAUAAUUCAUCAGAGCAAUCUAAUUUACCAUGUGAAAUAAAAACCCUUACCAAUGGAAACGAUCAGAACUUGGAAUUGGCAUCCGAUACAAAAACUGUUAAUAUUGAUAAUAAUGCAGAAUUAUAUUCUUCUGAUUCAUCUGACGAAGUAUCGGGACUUGAUAGGAAUCAAAUUACUGAACAGACUUUAAAGCGAGAUUUUACUAAAUCUACUGUCAUA